UGAGAAUGAGAUGAAUCCAAUAAGUAAUAACACUUUGCGCCAUCGAGCUUGGUUAUGCACUGCAACUGUAACUGUGUGUGUGUGUAGAAGUAGAACAACCAAACCCAUUGGCCGACUCUUCGCUCUAGGGUUUACCACCGAAUCACUCUCUCAUUUCAGCCAAAAAGAUCAAAGAUGAUGCAGGUUCAUCCUACAGAAAGUGAAAGUGCUUUAUCUGUAGUUGGUCCAAGGCCAAUGGAAUGGGCUGCUGUUCCGUAUAAUGCUUCUCAAGCACCUGGCCAAAAUGGAAAGCAAAGAACUUCUAGUUUGGAAUCACCAAUCAUGUUACUGACUGGUCAUCAGAGUGCUAUAUACACAAUGAAGUUUAACCCAGCUGGAACAGUGAUUGCAUCUGGUUCUCACGACAGAGAAAUUUUCUUAUGGCAUGUCAAUGGUGAAUGUAAGAACUUUAUGGUCUUAAAAGGACACAAGAAUGCAGUUUUGGAUCUUCAGUGGACUACUGAUGGGUCCCAGAUCAUAUCUGCUAGUCCAGACAAAACUCUCAGGGCAUGGGAUGUUGAAACAGGGAGACAAAUAAAAAAGAUGGCAGAACAUUCGUCGUUUGUGAAUUCUUGUUGCCCAACCCGCAGGGGACCUCCUCUCAUAGUGAGUGGAUCUGAUGAUGGAACUGCCAAACUAUGGGAUAUGCGUCAAAGGGGUGCAAUCCAAACAUUUCCUGAUAAGUAUCAAAUUACUGCUGUGAGCUUCUCAGAUGCAUCAGAUAAGAUCUUCACAGGUGGUAUUGACAAUGAUGUUAAGGUCUGGGACUUGCGUAAGGGCGAAGUAAUGAUGACUCUUCAAGGGCAUCAAGAUAUGAUAACAGGUAUGUCAUUAAGCCCUGAUGGUUCCUAUCUUCUUACUAACGGAAUGGACUGCAAGCUCUGCAUUUGGGACAUGCGACCCUAUGCACCCCAGAACCGUUGUGUGAAGAUAAUGGAAGGCCACCAGCACAACUUUGAAAAGAACUUGUUGAAAUGUAACUGGUCUGCGGAUGGAAGCAAAGUCACUUCUGGAAGUUCUGACAGGAUGGUUUACAUAUGGGAUACUACUUCCCGACGCAUCUUGUAUAAACUCCCAGGACACAUUGGAUCGGUGAACGAGUGUGUCUUCCACCCAACUGAACCAAUCAUUGGAUCUUGCAGUAGCGAUAAGCAGAUUUAUCUCGGGGAGAUAUAAGCGGCGGUGAAAGUUUUAGCUACAUGAACAAGAAGUAAGUUUUGAGAGAGGAGCUUGUAUGACGAAAACCUAGUAUUGAAAUUGAAAAUUGAAAUGUGAGUAAUGUAGUGUUGUACAAACAUUUUGAUGAAAAUCUUUUACCAUUAUGGAAUAUUGUUAGUAGAGAAGUAGAAUUUGACAUUUCUUUCUAAUAUGCUAAUGGAAAUGAAAAUGGUAAUGGUUAUGUUUAUGACCAACUCCAAA